CAUUGCCCCUAAAAUAUUGAUAAAAAUAACGUAAUAUUUCCAAGCACACGGUUCCUCGUGUAGAUAAAAAUCAAAUCAAUUAUUUAAGGGGAAUAUUUUCGAAGGUCCGAGGUCGUUUACUAUGUGAGAGGAUAAUACUGACAAGUGGCCAGCAGUGAGAGAUGUGUUGAUCAGUCACACACACACACACGAGGUGCAAGACCACGGUCCUUCAGACCAUCGUAACUGCGACACAUCAGGUCCAGGACCAGCCAGACCAUCAUAACUGUGACACAUCAGGUCCAGGACCAGCCAGACCAUCAUAACUGUGACACAUCAGGUCCAGGACCAGCCAGACCAUCAUAACUGCGACACAUCAGGUCCAGGACCAGCCAGACCAUCAUAACUGACACAUCAGGUCCAGGACCAGCCAGACCACCACACUACAACACUACAUCAUCAUGGCUGAUGAAGAGUUUGAUGGUGAUGAUGUUGCUGAUGACUUCGACGAGGUAGAAGAAGAUGAAAACAUUGACGACUUGCAAGAAGGAGAGGAGGAUGAGAACCAGGCAGAAUUGAUACCUGCAGGAGAAGGUCAACCAGUGCCUACACAGAAGCGCAUCACAACACCUUACAUGACGAAAUAUGAAAGAGCCAGAGUAUUAGGGACUAGAGCCUUGCAGAUUGCAAUGUGUGCUCCUGUCAUGGUGGAAAUUGAUGCAGAAUCGGAUCCACUUCAAAUUGCUGCCAAAGAGUUGAGAGAACGGAAAAUUCCCAUUAUCAUCCGCCGGUAUUUGCCAGAUGGAUCUUUUGAAGACUGGGGCAUAGAUGAACUUAUCAUCAGUGACUUCUAAGUUCAACUUGUAUUGUUAGUACAACUGUGGAUGUUUGACACUUCAUGAUCAGUUUCUUUCAAAUCAAAAUACUGGCUGUGGAAUGCAAUACAAAAAGCGAGACAAAACAAGGAUAUAAAGUUCAUGAACUGCAGCUAUUAGUAUUGUACUUUGGUUUCCAUUUUUAACAGGAUUAGUGAAACAUACAAAUGUAUAUGCCAUACAGGUAAUUCACUUGGUUAUUUUAUUACGAGUAAUAUGCAAUAAAAGCAUUCAGACUGUU